AUGCUCAGCAGCACAACCGUCGACGACGACGACCUCGGCGAAGAGUUCAAGCUCCCCACCCCCGGCGGCCCAACCGUCCCGACCCUGAUCGAGUGGGAGGGCGCGGGCGACAGGGUCUACGUCACCGGCACCUUUGCCGGAUGGAAUCGCAAGUACAGGUUGCACAACAAUGGCCCCAGCACCAAGCAGAAUGUCCUCUCGGCACUCGUCCCCAUCCACCCGGGCACCCACCAUCUCAUGUUCAUCGUCGACAACGACAUGAUGAUCUCGGACAAGCUCCCCACCGCCGUCGACUACACCAACAUCCUGGUCAACUACCUCGAGGUCUCUUACGACGACGUCAACAACCAGCCAGCGCCCGCUGGAACAGACAAGCCCGCAGCUACGCCCGCGCUCACAGAAGCGCAAUCAGCCGCGCAACCCCCACAAGAUGCACCCCCUCCUGCAGCUGUGGUCAUCAAGCCGUCCACCGCUGACCUUCCCAACACCAACCUCCCUGAGCCCACCAAGAGAUACCACUCCAAGAUCCCCGCCUACCUGCUCGACCUCGAUGCGCCCGAGGAGUCGUCGCGCUUCGCCCGUGCAAAUGCCGCAGCAGGCAAUCUGCCCACACCCCCCAGUCUGCCCAUGUUUCUCAGCAAGAGCAUCCUGAACGGGACAACCCCAAUGAAGGACGAUAGCAGCGUGUUGAUCAUGCCGAACCACACCGUGCUGAACCAUUUGGCGACAAGUAGUAUCAAGGACAACGUUCUCGCCACCAGCGCGACGACGCGGUACAAGCAAAAGUUUCUCACCACCAUCAUGUACAAACCAAAGGAGGAGAGCGGGGAGGUGUACUGA